AUGAAGAAGGGAUCCACUUGUUUGCCGUACGGUUGGACACAUGAUCUAGCAGCUGUCAUAGCCGAAACCAGAGCAGAGGCAUCACCAGCUUUCGCACUUCAAACCAAAUUCAGAGCCAAAGCCGAGUUCCCAAAAUCAGAGACGGUCAGCCCAGCCGCCCGGCCUGCUGUAGAUUCCAAGCGAUCCAAGACGGAUUCUCACCAAGGGUUUGCUCCGACUCUGGAGAUGUGCCAACAGGCCAUACAAGCCAUUAGUGAGAAACUGCCCCGGGUAGGCAAGAUGGAAUUUUGGGAUCCCCUAAUCAUAUCACAACUUCAGCAAGUUUUUCCCGAAAAGCAUGUGCAUGCUGUCAUGGCCUGUCGUGGAACGGAGAGAACCAUGGAGCCACCCAAGAAUCUCCACGCCCAAGAAGCACCCUUCCGUCGAAUGUUGAUGCUGCGAAGGGAUGGUCAGGUACAGUAUGAAAAACACUGGGAAAGAUGGCCUGAACUCAGCAAGAGACAGUUAAUACGACCAUCUCAUGCAUGUAGGUUGAAUGUCACAGUGUUUGCAAGGGAGUGGGAAUCUCCAAGGGUGCCUAUUCCUGAAACAACUUCUGUCCAACCACCAGAACCAAUGCCAAAAGAUAUGCCAGCGAGCUCAGACCAGGUGCCUGCAAGUGACGAGCAACAUGCCCAAAAGGCUCCACCUGCAGGGAGAGAAGCCAAUACACCUCCUUUGGUGUCGCCGAAUGCAUCCCUGGACCCCGUGCUCGAGCAACAGAGUUCAAGAUUCCGGAGUUUGCCAAGAUGGGAACAGUUGAUGAUUAUCAAGUUACACAAGAAUCUAGGUCACCCAUCAAAUGACAGACUUGCCCGAGCACUCCAGGUAAAUGGUUCCCGACCUGAAGUAAUUCAAGCGGCUUCUGAAAUUCGAUGCAACAUUUGCGCAGCUCAUGCACCACCAAAGCAUGCGAGGCCAGCCUCGUUGAAAUCAAUGAUAGACUUUAACCAUAAAGUAUAUCUUGAUGGCAUCAAAUGGACCAAUAGCCAAGGCAAAUCGUUCCACUUCUUUCACAUGUUGGAUGCGGGUACGAACUACCAUGUAGCAAUUGCCUCACCAGCCCGAACAUCACAGGAUUUAAUUCAAAUAUUAAAUCAGCACUGGUUGAGUUGGGCUGGGCCACCAAGUGAGCUAGUUGUGGACUCAGGGACCGAGAUGAACAGCCAGGAAUUUUCCGAGUUCUCACAAAGGUUCAAUAUUCGAACCACCACUACAUGUCCGGAAGCUCACUGGCAAAGUGGAAAAAUCGAACGACAUGGAGCAUUCCUCCAAUCAAUGCUCAGUAAAAUAGACCUGGAAUUUCCCAUAGCUAGCUAUGCCGACCUGCAGAUGGCCAUGAAUCAGUGUACUCAUGCUAAGAACUCUCUCAGCAUUCGUCACGGAUAUGCUCCCGAAGUAAUAGUUUUUGGCAAGCACACUAGAAUCCCAGGCUCCAUACUGAGCGAUGACUCGAUCCCAUCUCAUGAACAGGCCUUACAAGAAGAGAACAGCAUGAGUCCAGAAGGCUUUCGCCAAACCUUGGCGAUUCGGGAAGCAGCACGCCGCUCGUUUCACGCAUCGGACAACAGCGAUGUCCUCCGCCGAGGGAUUCCCUCCGAAAUGCCAGUAGAGGAACAACCGGUUCCCGACCUAGCUGAGAGUCCUGAACCCAUCCUCCUGACGUGUCAGGAACCGAGCAAUGCGUUUUCCUGUGCAGAAGCCGGAAACCUAGCCUGGUCCUGUGAAUUCGACAUGAAAUUGGAAACCCCACUGGAUGCAUAUGUCCCCUCAGAAGAGGAAUCAUGGAUGUUGCUUGCAACGGCUUCCAAGAAACAGAGGUCAGAAGUGAAGUUGUCGAAUUUAUCGGACGACGAACUCCGAGAGUUCCAGAUGGCCAAACAAGCCGAGGUCGAGAACUGGAUCAAAACAGGCGCGUAUGGCCUGAUCGAUGCUCCGUAUCUUUGGUACUGUGCGCUGGUCACGGAAUUACAAAGACUAGGCUUUGAAGCAUGCCCCUUCGAUCCCUGCUGCUUUGUUCUCAGAACACCGGCGACUGAAAGUCAGCCAAGCAAGCUGGAAGGGAUCUUGGGUAUCCAUGUGGACGAUGGGAUUGGCGGAGGAAGCCCUGCUUUUGUAGUGACCAGUACUCUCUCUGCUGAGACGAUGGCCUUGUCGUCAACCCUGGAUCAGCUUGGCUGGCUACGACUGUUUUGGAGCUGGAUUCAUGAUCCAACCGUGCAAUGGAAGAAACCUGAGGAUGCCUUGAUGAAGCUAGCCCCCGCAAUUACCGUUCCUACCAAACAGGAGGACACCGACCUGACCAUCACUGACUGCAAGAGUUUGUAUGACAUGAUAACAAGGACUGCACCACCUUCAUGUUCAGAAUUCAGAGUACAGUUAAUGGCACGGGCGAUCAAGGAAUCCUUGCGGGAAGGAACCACGCUGCGAUGGGUGCCAAGUGGAGCACAGCUAGCCGACUCCCUCACCAAGGCUAUGGAGUCUCAUUUCCUUCGAGAGACCUUGAAGUUUGGUCUUGCAGCUCUUGAAACCAUGCCUGGACCAAUAGGCAUCAAGGCUCAGGAGAGCCCGGUAGAGGGCGGGUCGGGAUCAAAGAUCCUUGAAGCCAAUUUUGGCGCUACGGUGGUUGCAGAGACGGGGUCUUUGCCUUAUAGGAACGAGGCCGUUCCUUUCAACCGCUCCGUGCGUCGCCAGUACAGUUAA